GCCUGCCUAACAUGUGUUUUGCACAACAAAAAAUAGAUACACAAGAAAAAUUGUUAUUCGCUGGUGCGAGUGAGAUUUCUCUUUGUAUCUUUUAGGAAUUGAAAUUGACUGAACAAGUUUCAUUAUGAUACGAUCUUCUUUAAGACUUUAUCAUACAUCUCGGCUGUUGAGACCUGUGAUCAACAGAAAUAAUCCUGCUUUGGGGGCAGGUUUAAUCAGAACAGAGAGCUUGCCAACUCGAUUUAAAUCUACCAUACCUGUGGCUUCCGAGAAACCUGAGCAAGUGCAAGAAAAUCCCGGUUUCUUGAAGAGAGCAGCGCAGAAGCUAUUUGACACCUCCAGAGGAAAAUAUAUUGCGUUGGGAGUCCUUCUCUAUGAGAAAUGUGCUAAUGAGCCAAACUUUAUAGAAUUUAUUAAAGUUUUAGAGUUGCCUGAUACUUUCAACUCAUGGUUUCUGAUGACAGAAUUGCACAUUUGGAUGGUCAUGACUAAGUGCACAGGUCUAGAUAACAAUGGGCGACACAUGAGGAACACAAUGGUGAAAACAUUGUGGGAUGACUGCUCAGAUAGAAUGAAGAGGCUUCAGGUACCAAGAAGAGGAGCCGUUUUGCAGACUCUAGAUCAUCAACUUCGUGCAGCUAUUUUUGCGUACGAUGAAGGAAUCAUGACAUCUGACGUUGUCCUUGCGAGUGCUCUGUGGAGGCGAUUUUAUAGCGAUGACAGCGCUGAUAUUAAAUCUAAACAACUGGAAAUUUUGGUUUCUUACGUCAGAAGACAGAUUGAAGAGCUGCACAAAAUAAGUGAUGAGAAGUUCUACAAAAAGCCUUCAUUCAAAUGGGUUUCAUUAAAGGAGUAACUUAAACAGUCACUUUAAAUAAAAUUGUAUCCAUUCUAUAAUUA